AUGGCAGCCACAAUCAAAAGCUCCUAUGUACUGAAGCCAGCUGAAGCAACAUGGCAAGGCUGCCAAACUCUAUCUGAAUGGGAUCAAAUUGGCUGCAUAACUCAUGUCGGCAUUAUCUACUUCUAUAGACCAGACCAACACUGUGUCACACCAACUGACGCCAUUGCCAAUACCCUCAAAGACUCACUACGCCGCGCUUUGGUGCCGUUCUAUCCACUAGCAGGUCGUCUGCGUUGGAUUGAGGGAGGCCGUCUUGAGCUCGACUGCAAUGGCAUGGGGGUUCAGUUCAUCGAAGCCGAGUCUGAUUUGAAACUCGAUGACUUGGGUGAUUUCUCUCCUUCUCCGGAAUCUCACUCUCUGUUCCCCACUGUAGACUACAACCUCCCAAUUCAUGAACUUCCUCUAUUGUUUGUCCAACUGACAAGGUUCAAAUGUGGCGGUUUUAGUCUCGCCUUGGAAAUUUCACAUGCAGUUACUGAUGGCCAAAGUGCGUGUCAUUUCAUUGGCGAGUGGGCUAAGCUCGCAAGGGGAGAGCCAGUUGGAGUAAUGCCAUUUCUCGAUGGACAAGCCUUCUUAGCUCGACACCUUCCAGCUCCAACUCAAGUGUUUGACCAUAUAGAGUUCAACCAACCACCGAAUUUACUUGGGCAAUCAGAUGAUUUACAGGAGAGUAAGAUGAAAACAACUUUAACCAUGUUGAGGCUCACCAAAGAACAAGUUGAUAAACUUAAGCAAAUGGCGAAUGAGGGUACCAAUUUCAACAACUCUGACACUAAGCGCCCUUACACGCGCUAUGAGACUCUGGCUGGACACAUCUGGAGAUGUGCAUCGAGGUCGAGAAACCACAAAGAUGAACAGCCAACGGCAUUGAUGGUUUGCGUUGACUUUCGAUGUCGUAUGAAACCCCAGUUGCCCGAAGGUUACUUUGGCAACGCAGUAUUUUAUAUGCCUGCCACAAGUCUUGCCGGUGACUUGUUGUCAAAGCCAUUAGGGUACGCGUCGAGUAGAAUAAGGGAGGCGGUCGAGAAGGUGACAAUGGAUUAUGUGCUGUCAGCCCAUGAAAGGUUGAAGAAUGAACCAGACUUAACUCGGUUUCAAGACCUUCAUUAUGCUAAAGAUAGUGAACGAGGGCCUUUUAAUGGAAACCCUAAUAUUGGGGUUCUGAGUUGGCUGAGACUGCCUAUAUAUGGGCUGGAUUUUGGUUGGGGAAAGGAGAUAUAUAUGGGUCCAGGGCCGCAUGAUUUUGAUGGGGAUUCUAUGAUCCUUCCAGGUGCCGAUGGAGAUGGUUCUGUGGUUGUUGCCUUGUCUCUACAAGUGGCUCAUAUAGAUGUUUUCAAGAAGCACUUCUAUGAAGAUAUCAUAUAA